UAUUGAUGCUGGUGCAUAUGCAAGAUGAUUAUACCACCUCCAGGAAAGAAAUAACAAAACAUUCUGUAUUUUGCCAGAUGUGGAGUUAAAACCCUGCCUAAUUGUAAUUUUCCAUUGGCUACUACUGGUAAGACACCCGACACCAUGUAUCCAUGAGACAGGAAGUGUCGAUGAGCAAAGAAAUAGAAAAAGUGGCAAGGCAACAUAGGCCUGUAGUAAAUAUCAAAGGACAGAAAACCCAGCGUUCUAAUCACCGGAAUAUGACGCCAAUGACUAUAAUGUUGCAUUGUAGCCUACAAGAUUUGGUGUAAUGAACCAUGUUGCAGCAAAUGAGAAAUUAAAUGUGUGUUUGGGCUACUUUGAGUCCAAUGAUAUCUGCCGCCAGGGGGAGUCGACACGCAAAGACUUUAUUUCCCAAAUUCCAAUGAGAACCUGGAGCUGAGUCAGAGGUCCGCCUAAACACCUAAAUAAUUUGCAGACUACGUUAUUUCCCACUCACUUCCGAAGGUCUGGCUUAUUUGGUGUGAACGAAUACGGUUUAACAUUACGCGUGACGAAAAAACGCCAUCCUGUCCCGUUCCAAGCCUUGACGAAAAUGUAACCUCCUGUUCCGAGAAUAUGAGGACGAUGUCAGAAUGGUUCAGAAUGAACCCAACCUCCAGCGUGAGCUUUUGUUUGCAAAUGCAGAGACAUUCUUCAAAGGACUCUGUUGGGCAACACGGCCUUCCAUCUACCACCAACCUACCGAAGCGCAGCUCAGAGUCCCUCUGAUGAUUGUUAUCUUGGCCUAAUGUCUGUCCGAGUGCCAUCAAUGAGUGUGCUGCCUCCUGUUCGAAGGGACCGCGUCAUUGCCCAGCUUCCUCAGUGUUACAGUAAGAAGGCUGCUGUGCAAACUAAAGAUGAGUUCAACUUCAAAGUGAAGACUGCCUGCCAGGAGCAACGCACUGGCACAGUAGGCAGGUUUAAAAUAGCUAAGGUCAUAGUGGUUGGUGACCUGGCCGUGGGAAAAACCUGUCUGAUUAAUAGAUUUUGCAAGGAUGCAUUUGACAAGAACUACAAGGCGACCAUUGGUGUUGACUUUGAGAUGGAGCGGUUUGAAGUGUUGGGGGUGCCUUUCAGUUUACAGUUAUGGGACACUGCGGGGCAGGAGAGGUUCAAGUGUAUUGCCUCCACUUACUAUAGGGGAGCUCAGACGAUUAUUAUUGUGUUUGAUGUAGUUGAUGUGGCAUCUUUGGGCCAUGCAAGGCAGUGGCUUGAAGAUGCCUUGAAGGAGAAUGAUCCUACCAAUGUUCAGCUUUUCCUGGUGGGCACAAAGAAAGACCUGAGUUCUCCUGCUCAGUACUCUCAGAUUGAACAGGAUGCCACCAAAUUGGCUGAGGAAAUCAAAGCAGAGUAUUGGGCCUUGUCAUCAUUGACUGGGGAAAAUGUGAAAGAGUUUUUCUUCCGUGUUGCAUCAUUGGCAUUUGAGGUCAACGUUCUGGCAGAGAUAGAGAAGAGUGGAUCAAGACACAUUGGGGACGUUAUCAGUGAGUGCACAGAAAUUAACAGUAAUUCAAACAGCCUGUAUGCAACAUCAAAGAAGAAACAGUCAAACUGUUGUCAAUGAAGACAAACACAUGACUACAACAGUAAAAAGGUAACAAAGCAAAAAGCAUCAUUUCCUCAGAAGAGAAACUGAGAACCCAUUACCACUCCCAGAGACAUGGAAUUUGCAGUGAGGCAGGACGGAGACUUUUGCCUUCACAGACAUUUGAUUUUAAUUUCUGCUGGCCCGGAAAGAACAGCUUCUUGGUUGGAUGUGGAUUCCUGUGGUGCUUGGCUCAUUUUUGCCCAUCCAGAGUUUCGGAUAGAAAUUCCUCUGGUUCAUUGUACUCCAUACUGUACAGUUCCAGUUCUUGAGUCCUGACAGAAAUUGUGAUCGAGGUACUGCUUUAAUAGCUAUGGAGUAUGGACAAUCAUGGAUGUUUUCAAAUACCCAAUAUGGAUAUUUUUAAGACACUCCGCCAUUAGGCCUGUUAGAUUUCUUUACAGAGUUGUUUUGUUUAGGGUUUCCAUCCAACAUGUUUUUUGCACAAUUUGUAACCAUUGCAUAGAUUAAAACUCAUGACUCCUUC